AUGACGCAGACAACAUCCGCAUUCAUCGCCCACCUGCGCGCCCUCCCUCUACCAACCCUCAUCAUCGUCAUAAUAUCCUUCUCCCUCGUAAUCCUCGUCCCGCUCUACCUCCUAGGCCGCUCAAUCGCAACCCGCAUCGCCCACCGCCGCCUCCGCCGCACGCGCCACACCUACAUCUUCAACGCCAACCCCGCCCAAUCCGAACCCAACGGCAAACUCUCCCGCGCCGGCAGCCUCGCCGUCUCCCUCCGGCACUACGCCUCGACCAAAUCCUCGCACCUCUCCAGCCGCCUCUCAACACGCACAAGCACGAACGCGCGCAUACCCGCCCACUGGCCCCGCGGCUCCGAGAGCCCGCUCGCGUCGCCGUUCUUGCCCGCCACGGGCGACCUUGGUGGUCUGAUCACGCCGUUCACGCUGACGUAUGACGAUUCGGACGCGGUGUAUGGCGGGUUUGGCGCGGGUGGGAGUGAGAAGAUGUGUGUGAGGAGGGAGAGGGAGGAGGCGUAUACGGCGUUUCCGGAGCCGAGGAGGGGCGAUUGGGUCGUUGUGCAGUUGCCUGAGCUUGCUGCUGUUCCUACUAGGACGAGGAGUAAGCGCUCUACGCUACGCGCUGUGACGCCGAUCUCGCCGUUACCGAUGUACUCCCCUCUUGCGCCCGCGUAUCCCGCGUAUGGGGAUGGGAAGAGGGACGCGAUGAUCGUUCCGCCUCCGCCGCGCUCGCGCGAGGCGAAGCAGCCAAGGGGUAUCUUGAAGACUUCGCAUUCUGGUGGAGCGUACCCUAGCCCGCCGCCUACUCCGGUGGAUCCUACCUUUUGA